AUAGAUUAAUUUUUGUUAGUAUGUUAAAAGAGGACCAAUCUAGUGACACACCACUUAAUGUACAGAGUUUGGUGUUGAUGGGUGUAUUUCACCCAUGACCGGUCAACGGUCAAGACCGGAUAGUUGACCGGUCAAAGAAGUCAAACUUGCAAGAGAGGUCUAGAUCGUCGGCGAAGGGAUGACUGGUUGACCAAAAGGUUGACCGGUAUGCUUAGGAUAGUAUACCGGUCAAACUAUACCGGCGACUAAUUCACCCUACAAAGAUGGCCACGCCAACCUGCAAGGACCAACCGGUGUAGUUCCUAGAGAUUGGGGAAGUGUCGGCAAGAGGAAUCCAAAAGGACUUGGACUGUAGUGUUUGGAAUUGCAGGGAUGCUGAGGGAAUAUUUCCAAACCAGAACGCGACAAGGGUGCCACCCCCCGCGCAAGAUGACAAGGCAGCUCAGAGCCAGUCACUUCACACCACGCCAGCAGCAUGCCCCCACGUGGGCGCACGUGGUCCUGCUCCCCAGCCUAGUAUAUAUACCUCUUGUAACCCUCGAAUGAGGGGNACCAACCGGUGUAGUUCCUAGAGAUUGGGGAAGUGUCGGCAAGAGGAAUCCAAAAGGACUUGGACUGUAGUGUUUGGAAUUGCAGGGAUGCUGAGGGAAUAUUUCCAAACCAGAACGCGACAAGGGUGCCACCCCCCGCGCAAGAUGACAAGGCAGCUCAGAGCCAGUCACUUCACACCACGCCAGCAGCAUGCCCCCACGUGGGCGCACGUGGUCCUGCUCCCCAGCCUAGUAUAUAUACCUCUUGUAACCCUCGAAUGAGAGGAUCGGAAUUCAUUUUCUAAAAACUCCCUUGUAAAAGUACCCGUGCAUUCUCCUUUAUAAUAUAAAUCGGGCUACAGGUGUUCCACCUAAAGUCCUACCGGUCAAUUUGCGUGUUUUUACCUUUCUUACUUUGCCAAAUCAAGCAAACUAUUCUAGACCCGGUCUAGUGUAGUUUGACCGGUCAAGUAAUUUACACCAUCAUUUUUGGCGCCGACCGUGGGACCACGAGCAAAUAGCCAUGUUGCUAAAUUCGUUCAUCUUCAUCAAAAAAAAUCCCAGUCCAGCAUUUCCAAUUUCAAAGAAUUACAUGAGGUGACCACCCUUUUCAAAAUCCUUUAUCACUGCAUUGAAGCCAGUUUUGUGGUCAUCACCUUUGCCAUUAGUGAGAUCUAUACUAGUCUCUACUGUCGAUGAGAUCCUCCGUAGGUGGCUCUGUUAUCUUUUCUUUUUUUUUCGGGGUCGCCACCGCUGCUUAAGUCCAGCCCUUGCCGGUCGGCUGUGGAGCCGGCCGCGACCAUUGCUAAAGUCAUAGAAGCUGCCACCAGUCUAUUUUCACCGCGGCCGCUGUUGAAGAGGGAGAAAAAGAGCAUCAAGUUAAUGCGGCUAAAGCAAAGCACUCCCAUAGCUAUUAGCUAAUGUUCUUCAUCGCUAGCUAUGGCCAAAAUCUACCAUCAAGGCACAACCAGUGUCGUCGCCAUUACAGUAGAGGACCAUUGCGGCAUUGCAAUCGAUGAAGCCUUCGUCGUUGUUGAAAUGGAGAAGAAGAUGGCUACAUUGCAGCCACAAUAUAAUCGGCAUGGUUGCUCUAUACGGGCCAAAUAUAUCAACGCUCUUAUUUGUUGCCGCCUGAAUUGAGAUCCCUUAGAAUCUACGUUGCUGAGACAUCACCGUUGAGGUCAACCACCACCAAUUAGAUCAAUCUCUGUUCGAUUACAUUGACAUGGCCUCUGGAAAACGCCGCCAAAGUUGAUGAAUAGGGGCCGGUUGUCGCUGGAGGACUUGUCCCAAGUCUCCGGUUGCAAAAGACAGGUCCGCCUCAGGGGCGCAUCUACCGUCAUCCCGGGUGCCAAAAAACCAUCUACAGGCGUCGUCGCUGAAAGGCACUAUGCCGCCGCCACUGUUGGAGUCCCCGCCACCGUUUUUUAUCCUCACGGCCGCUGCAACGUUUCCAUUGAAGCCAUCCGACCGCGGAAGACUCCAAUUUCUACUCAAUUUCGUAGCUGGCACUCCCACCGCUGGAAUCUGGUCAUUUUCGCACUUCAAACCAACCGCCUCUGCUCAGACUCGUUGCCGCCGCUGCUCAGGUUCGCCGCCGCCGAUGCUCAGACUCGCCGCCGCCGCUACUCAGAUCUGCUGCCGACCACUGCAAGAACUUCCGCUACUUUCGAGGUUGAAGAGGUAGAAGUAGGGUCGGCUACAUAUUCACGCCUCCCUUUGAUUCCUCUCGAGGAGGAAGAAGACAAACAUGGAGGAGCAACGCGACUGGCCAAAAAAAAAGAAAAAAGAAAAGACAGAGGAAACUGCGCCGAAGGAGGAAAGAGAUAUCAUCCGAUUUUUCCUUGGAAAUGCCUUAGUGGAGGCAUGUGUUGAUGGGCCCACCAAAGAAAUGAACAGUGCAGGAUGGGCUUUGCUCUUUGUAUCUUUUCUCUUGUCCUCACGAAAGGUUGAUCAAGAAGGAUGUGGCCCUACUUGGUCAUCUCAAACAAGAAAGAAAGAGCUAUGGAAAGUUGCUGGCCAAUAAAAUAAGGAGUAAAACAUUAGCUUUGAUAAAAAAAAAGCUAGUGGGUUA